AUGACAGACAACACUAUCUGGGACAAGGAGAUCCCCAUCCCAGCUGAGGUAAUAUCCUGUGUCGACCCAGCUAUCCUCAAAGGUGAGCUCUACUUCUCAAAUUACACCACGAAGUUAUCAAGAACCUCCCUCAAUAUUUUUAGCUCUGCCCCCAGGAACGAAGACUUCUGGUAUAUCCUCAAGCUGAUCAUCAUACUGGGCAAGAACAGCAAAAAUUGAGGCCGCUGGUCCCAACGGAGACGAGAAGAAUUACUUCAUGAAGGUACGUUUGGUAACUCGCCUUGCCAAUGCAUAGUACAAUCAUACUCACUGAGAUUCCAGGUACAUCAAGGCGAUACAGGAAAAGACAUGGUCAGCGCCUUCUUCCAAGGAAUGUCCUCUCUCCACGACGCAGCACCAGAUCUCGUCGCUAGGCCUAUAAGCUGGGGAAGCUAUACCUCCAUAGCAGGCACGCACUUCAUCCUCUGCGAAUUCCACAAUUUGAGUGGUGCCAUACCAGAGAAGGAGAUAUUUACAGUUCGUGUGGCUGAGAUGCAUAAAACAACACGGCUCAAGAGUGAAACAUUUGGCUUUCCCUAUUCCGCAUAUGGAGGAAACCAGAAACAAGAUUUUCCUGUAACGAAAACGUGGGAAGAAUGCUUCUCCAAAGGUCUGCAAGACCUUUUUGAGAGAGAGACGGAGACCAAUGGCCAUGAAGAGGAAAACGAGAGAUUCAAAAAAGCGAUGAUUGAGAAAGUGAUUCCACGACUUCUCCGUCCUUUGGAAACGGGAGAUAGGAAGAUAAUACCAGUAUUGGUUCACGGAGAUCUAUGGGAUGGAAAUGCUUCCGUCCAUGAAGAAACUGGUAGACCGGUCAUUUUUGAUGCCACUCCGGUAUGGGCUCAUAAUGAGUGUGAGUAAACCGUCGAGGGAAGACUGGUAGAAUAUUGUUCGCUUACAAGCUUCACAUGUUAGAUGAAUUAGGGCCUUGGUUCUGCCCCCGACACAAAUUUAAUGAAUACAUAAGCGAUUACACUAAUCACUUCCCGAUUUCUGACCCAAAAGAGGAAUUUGAAGAUCGUGGAGCGUUGUAUUCAUUGUAAGUCUGUUAUCUAGUACUCAGAAGCUAUACUUAUAGGAUCGUUACAGACGAUUUGACAUGUUGUCCUCAUCUCUAUACCCGGGAAACUUGAAAUUUAGAUAUCUGUAAGCGUAUCCACAAAGUAUGUGAUACUUAGCUGACGCACUGAAUAGUGCAAUGGAAACAAUGCGCAAGCUUGUGAAGCGAUAUGGCGAUGGAGAUGAGUGA